UCCUAAUGUUUCAAAAAUGUACUUAAGACCAUACAAAAGUCGCCCUGCCCUUUGUUUUUAUCAUGUUCAGCUCCCAAAAUAGUCUAGACCCCUGGAUCUGUAUUAUGUUCUGGGGUCCUUGUGAACAUACCAAAGGAAAUGCCGCCAUUCCUGGUUCUAGAACAUGGAGACAUUCUAAUUUAUUGCUUUUCGUACAUAUAAAGUUUACUUACGUUUUGACGGCUUGUCAAUAAAUUGCGCGUACUAAAGAUAUUAGGUUUGCUGUGUUCAUUAAAGAUACCUCCAUUCUAAUAGUAAUUACUGUGCUAGCCUACUAUGCUAAGAAAACCACUUCAAUAUUUUACGGUCAAUAACAGUUUUUCGCAAUAAAAAUCAGACUCAUUUCUAUAUUCAUGGAAAGCAUUCCUCCCCCUUACUAUAAUGCGCAGUCUUCUGUUCGAUGUUUAAAACCUUUGGCUUUUAUGUAUAAUUGUUCAUGGCAUGUAAUGUUAUGACUUCGUGUUCUUGAAAAGAAAGGAGUGCAUCAUCAAAAACAUAGACAGUCCUAGGUCGUGGUUCGUGGGUCGUGGGUCGUGGGUCCUAGGUCGUGGGUCGUGGGUCGUGGAUCGUGGAUCUCGUGACCUUGGUCCUGGUUGCUGGCUCCUGAGUCCUCGGUCCUGUGUCCAGCCUUAAUGUACAUGGUCCUUGUUUUCCGGUAUGCCAUUAUUUGAAUUUACAAAAUUGGCAGUCAAUAUCCGGUGAGAAAUGACAGCCGACUUUAGCGAUCAAUCAUAUCGCGCUUGAUUUCUUUAAUUACAAGUCAAUAGAAAGCAAAAUCGCUCAAGCUUUUUAAUACGUUGCAAAAUUAAUAAACUGAUUUUUAUUCCAUUUUGCAUGUUUCUUAGUUAUUUUCAGAUUUCAAUGUUUAUAAACAAUUAAGACUUUAAACAAGUCAUUAAAGAAGUCAAUUGAAGCUUUAUUUGAUUUAAAUUGAAAUGGAAAUGUAAAGGAAAUCUAAUUGAAAUGGUAUAUGGCUCGCAGCCUUUUCAUUUUUCGCAUCGUAAUUUCAGUGGAUUGCAACUAAAAGGACAAGAAAAGCACAAAGAUAAAAAAGUAUAUUCUUAUUGAAAAGACGGAAAAUAUCGUAGACAAAGAUGCUACGAGAAUAUGGAGUGGUGAGUCGUUGUCUGUCGCUGGUUCCAAACAAUCCAGGGAACCCGUACACUACAAUUGCUGGAGCCAUUAUGAUUAUACUUGCAUUUUUCAAUAUCCUGUCAAAUUCCCUUUUGAUUUUCGCAUUGCACAAAUCGAAGCAGCUACGGACAUUUUCAAAUAAAUUUAUUCUCACAAUGACAGUGUCAGAUUUGUGCUUUGGAAUCUUUGCACAGCCUGUACUGGGAGCAUUCUGGAUAUCAAGUAGACAAAGAAAAUGCCUUGAACUCAAAUCAGUUGAAUUCGUGGUGACCUUUUUGGUAUGCAUUUCGGUCUUAAUGAUACUUCUCAUCUCGCUUGAUCGGUACCUUCACAUUACAAAGCCGACUCGAUAUCAGGCGAUGAUGAACACUAAUCGGAUGAUCCUAUUGGUUGUAUCUUGUCUUAUUAGUGGAUUUGUUGCUGCCACAAUUAGCGUAGUAUGGGAGUCCUUCUACCGUCAGUUGACCAUCGUGAUUUUUAACUUUAUGUUUAUGACUGUUUUUCUCAUAUUGAAUACAAAAACAAUAAAAUUUCUUGAGAGACACCACAAAAAUGCAGUCUUUCGAUUUCAACCUGGCAAUCGAAAAGAAAUGCCCAAUUUUCGAACAGAACGUCUAGCUGCGGUGAAAACAAUUCGUUUGGUUUUGGGAUUAUUUCUUGUCUGUUACACCCCCUCCAACAUUUCUUCAGUUUUCUGGACGUAUCAUGACUUCAAAAGAAAUUCUGCACCCGGAGUUCUGCUGGAUACAAUUUACAAAUGGACUUUUGUAAUUGCGAAUAGUGUCAGUUUUCUUAACUCAAUGAUUUUUAUACGUGGAAAUACAAAAUGCCGCAGAGUUGUAAGAUCGCUUUUAUAUAAGAGUAGCGAAGCUCCUGAGUGAAAUACAAUAUCUAAAUUCAUAGGCAUGGACACUGGAGCUGGGAGGAUUGCAGCUUCGCUAAUCAGGGCAAGCUUAUCGCAUUUCAGGCUCCUCUCGGCGGUUCUAUCUCAAUAAACGAGAGUAGUCAGGCAAAAUCCAGACUAGACAAACCCUCCCUGAAUGUCUAUCAUCCACUAGGCUCAUUAUUAUAUUGACGACUAUUUCAAAGGUAUGCUAGAGAAUCAUAUCAACUUUCUUAAUGAGCAACUAGCUGCAUUGAAAAGACUUUGUUUAGUAACGGAACUACAUCGUGUUUACUAUUGUCCAUUCAACAAUGCAUACCUCGUCUUGUGUCAUGAUUGCCUUCUUUGAGUGGAGUGCCGUAGUAAUGUUUGCAAGCAGUUUUUUGCAUUCUCUGAUCAAGUUUUAUGGAAAUUCAAAAUGUUACAGAAUAAUGUCAUCCAGUUACAGUGCUGUUUGUGAGUAAUUUAAUGAACGACAUUGGAUAUCGCUUUUUCAUUUUUAUGUAAAAUGUUGAAGUUUGAAACUGAAAGACGUUCUUCAUUGUAACUUUGUAGAUAAAUCUCCUUUAUAGACUGCAGAUUUGAUUGGUAGUUCCUUCAGUAGAUCUUUGUAAACUGUACUGUUUUCAUGGCAACAAGAUAACACAGCUGCUUGUCAGGUAUACACAGUGUGAACGUCCAGCUUUUGUAAACAUUCCUGGACAGGGUUCAAUAUUUCAGGCAUACCGAAAAACAAGGACCCAGUAGCUUAAGGUAGGACCCAGGACCCAGAACCCAGGACCAAAGACGCAUGACCUAGGACCCAGGACCAAGGACUCAGAAUGCAGGAUCCGGAGCGCAGGAUCAAGGACCCAGGACGCAACAUCCAGCAUCCAGUACCCUAUAUGUUUCCGAUGAUGCACUCCUUUCUCUAUAAGAACAACAAGCCAUAACAUUACAUACCAUGAAUAUAUUUAGGUAAACUACUACAUUUCAUUUAUAACUAUAUACUCUACUACAUUUCAUUUAUAACUAUUUGCUGAAUGGGAAGUAACACUUCGGGCAGCACCCCUUCCCCCAAUAUGAAUUUGUUCACCAACACUGUAACUCCACUUCAAAGUAUGAAAGACAGAAGGCUUCAUUUUAAUGCAGAAAGACAGAAGAGGAAUUCUGUCACCCUCUGUACUAUUUAGAAAGGCUGCAUGUUUUAAGUAAGCAAUUUUUAUAAGUUCAGCAGUCAAAAGCUAGUGCUUAAAAUGCUAUAGGUUACCUCAUAAGAACCAAUAAAUUAUGUUUCUAUUACUUGAAUUUUCCUUCACUUUCCCUAACAAAUCAAGAACAUAUGGCAUUCACUGGAGUUAUCUGAUUGACCAUUUCUCAUUUUUGCAGAUGUAUGUGCAUGAUUUAAAGGGGAUGUUUGUUUAACUGUGAAUACCUUAAAAUGGUCUGUACACCCUUAAGUUUCCCAUUUUGAUAACUAAAAGUAAGCUUUCACUGUUUUGUUCAAUGACAUGCAAGUUAAAGAAAAGUUUUUAAUUCUUAAUUCAGCCAUUUUUAAACUAAAAAAUAACAUUUGGUUGAUCCAACCCCACCAAAAACUUUUUUAUGCUAAGGGGUCAUUAUUUAAGACAGGCAAAGGGAUUUCUUAGGAUGAAGAAUACAUAGUUUCAGAAUUCUGGUAAUCUUAAUGUUACAGUACCACUUCCUUUUUUGGAAGUGACCAAUUACCUUAUCAAAAAUACGACUCAAUUUAGACCAGUCUAUUAUAUGUUUAAAUGAGCAAGGGUUUUUCAGUAAAAAGCAUCAGUUCUGCCCCUGCCUUUUUCCUUGCCAGUUGUUUUAAAUUAGCAUGUUUCAAAAAACCAAGAACACUAUGCAAAUUUUAAAUUAUUUUAGAGUUUAGAUAAUUAACUAAACUGGCUAAUUUGUGCGUCAGCGACAGA